AUGGGGUCAAGCGAGCUCUGGGAGCAGAUAUCACAAUAUGAACCGCCAAGGAUUGCAUUCAACAAGUUCGUGUCGGAUUUUGUGGAGGAAAAGGGCAGAUUUCCGAGAAUAGCCGUUGACGGUUAUUUAUGGUUAUUUGAAUGCGGAUACUUCGACGAACCGAAGAAUAUACCGAAAAUUCUAUUGAAUUGGCUUAGAAAGUUGAAGGAAUUUUUGCAGCUUCGGUGUUAUAUUGUUGUUAUAUUUGAUAAUACCUUCAAGAUAGAUGGAAAAAGACAGAAGAGAAGAAAUGAUGCCACUCUUUGGAAUUCUUAUUGGCUCAUGAGAUCAAUCAAUCAGGUACAGCAAACAAAUGUAAACCACGUGGAUAAUUCCAUUGUACAGUGCUGUAAAAUGUUAAACGUGAAGAUAAUAAAUGCACCAGGAGAAGGCGAAGCUCAAUGCGCCUAUCUUCAAAUGUCCGGGGAAGUAGAUUAUGUCUUGUCAAAUGACGCAGAUGUACUGUCUUUUGGAGCUACCAAAAUUUUGAAGAACUAUUCCAAACAUGGAUGGGAGGAUAUUCCAAACUCUACCCUUUCACCCAAGAAAUCCAAACAAAAUGAAAGAUUCAUUACCUUCAUCGAUAUGGAUAAAAUAGUUGAUUGGGAUCAAAAUCGAUUUAUAUUGUUUAACCUUUUAGUUGGAAGCGAUUAUAAUAAAGGUGUGAAAAACUUCGGGGGCAAAAGAGCAGCAGUUCUAUGUAAAUCUCAGGAUCCUGAUUUAUCGAAAAGACUUUCGGAAGUCUUAUCAAACGUUAACUUUCAUGGAAAGAAGGAGGCAGACUUAAAAUGGAAUCAAUUCGGGAAGGAUAUAUUGAGGGUUGUACAACAGAAAAGUAAAUCAUUGUUUGGUAUGAAUCUGAAAUCUAUGCUCCAUUUAAAGGAGUUUACAGAUUGGCCAAGCAUAACGGUUGGUCUAUUCUAUAAAGAAGCUAUCGUAGAAAAACAUAUGAAACUUCCUCGUCGCGAAAAUGACAUCAUUAAUGAGCUUGAUAUUGAAUCUUUCGCCCAUUUUCUGCAAUCUAAUGAAAUUACCAAAUAUGUUUCAGACUUUUUCAAAUGGCUCCGCGAGUAUCUACACUGUUGUACUAUACUCAACUUUAUAUGGAAACAUCCUGACCCGUUCAAUGGAACUUAUAGAUUAAUAAAUUACAGAGAUGUCUCAGUGUGUGAUGGGCUGCACAAAUAUAAAGAAGUAUGCGUUAGAUACAAACCGUUUUUGCAUAUCCUAGAUGACAGCCCGGAAGAGAUAUCUGAGACAAUUCUACGAGGUAAAAGAAGCCGAUCUGAAUCACCAACACGCCAGUCAAUUAAAUCACCCACGAAAUCUACCAUAUUACGCUCCAAGUAUCCAAACUAUAUAUGGUUACCAACCGGAACAAUUCCUAAGGCAUUACUUGAACAUUUAAACAAAGAACUUUCUAACGAUAUUGAACGCCGUGAGAUGUCACUGUUAUUAUCAUCACCAAAGAAAUCACCUUUUAAGAGGAGCCGCGGAAGUUCUCUAUCUCCACAAAAAAGCACAUUAGAUAGGUUCUUAACAAAGCGCUCUUGUCCUGGAAGCGCGGUUAAGAAUUUGACUUCAGCAUUAUUACAAGAACGAGAGAAACCAUCAGAAACAAUUUCGACUCUCUCUCAUGCCGUGUCUGUUGUGGAACAAUCUGUUCAAGAAAUUCCUCACAUCAACCUCGUGGACUCAGAUUCCGAUCAGGACUCAAGCUGUUCCAAUUUACGUAGUUAG